CAUGGCUCAAACACGAUGCACUGAGUAUACGCGUUGAAGACUCUCCCCGCCUCUCACGGAAGGUUAUUUGCUUUGUCAGCUUAUGACUAACGUUACCACAAGGAUCCUUGCGCGUCAGAUCUACAUCUCGUACUUUAACCGGUGAAGGGACGUUUUAUCGCUGCCUUUUAUUGCUCUUUUGCACCAACCAGACGACACUUAUCCAGUGUCCUUCGGACUUUGAGCAAGGGCAUCGUGGGUUCUUUGCUCCCUCCCUCUAAAAGCGUAAAAGAUGACACUAAAGUCCAACAAAAAUGAACCUGCCGUCAUAUUCGAGCAAGUAAACAGCGUUCGUACAGCUCUGUCCGAUCUGUACCUAGAACAACUGCUUCAGAAUAAACCGCGGACAGAAAAGGCUACGAUGCAGACCUCCGAGGGUCAGGAGAUGUGUGCUAAUGGCAGCGCUGCACAUCAUAAUGGCAAAGGAAUUACACGUGAAGUGGCUUUUGAAAAGAACCCCUCUGAGCCAAUGGGAGUGACUCUAAAGUUAAAUGAGAAACAGAAAUGUACCGUUGCAAGAAUAUUACAUGGUGGGAUGAUACACAGACAAGGAUCACUGCAUGAAGGUGAUGAAAUAGCAGAGAUAAAUGGACAGAGUGUAGCCAGCCAGUCUGUGGAUCAGCUGCAGAAGAUUCUGAAAGACACAAAUGGAGUUGUCAAGCUUAAGGUCAUCCCGAAACAGCAGAUCCGUUCUCUCCCCUGUGAGAUGUUCAUGCGGGCCCAGUUUGAUUAUGACCCUACUCAGGACGAUCUCAUUCCUUGCAAAGAGGCAGGACUGAAGUUCAAUACUGGCGACAUCAUCGAGAUCAUAGAUAAGAAGGAUCCUAACUGGUGGCAAGGCAGAGUGGACAACUCAGCUGCUGACUUCGCUGGUCUCGUCCCUUCCCCUGAGCUGCAAGAAUGGCGUGUUGCCAGCAAAAGCAAGAAAUCAGGAGAGGUUAGCCAAACCUGUAGCCCCUUUGGUAAGAAAGACAAGAAGAAGAAGGACAAGUACCUGGCCAAGCAUAGCUCGGUUUUUGACCAGCUUGAUGUCAUCUCCUAUGAAGAGGUUGUACGGCUCCCGGCCUGUAAUAGAAAAACUCUUAUCCUCAUUGGUGCCCCUGGUGUAGGUCGGAGUCACAUCAAGAGUUCGUUGUUACUAAAAUAUCCAGAAAAGUUUGCAUAUCCAGCCCCACAUACAACUCGACCCCCAAAGAAGGAUGAGGAAAACGGGAAAGAGUACUUCUUCAUCUCCAGUGAUGAAAUGACCAAAUGUAUCGUGCAGAAUGAGCUACUGGAAUAUGGGAGCUUUCAGGGAAAUAUGUAUGGCACCAAAAUUGAAACCAUCCACAAGAUUCAUGAACAAGGAAAGAUUGCACUGCUUGAUGUGGAACCUCAGACAUUGAAACUUCUGAGAACCCCUGACUUUGCCCCUCUUACAGUAUUCAUCGCACCAACAGAUGUAAACCAGUCAGACGCUGUGAAAGCCAUCCAAAGACAGUCCGACUCAAUCCUGGCCACCUACAAACACUUUUUCGAUGUUGUUCUGGUGAACAAUGAUGUGGACGAGAGUGUAAAGGCAGUGGAAGAAGCCAUUGAAUCAGCCAGCUCCUCCCCGCAGUGGGUACCAGUCUCUUGGGUGUACUGAGAUGCCCCUCCUGUACCAUUCUCUACAAUCACUUGUGUACUGUAUGAAAAGACAUCUGGUCCCAUGCCAUAAGCCAUAACAAAACACUCCUCUGCAGCAGUUUUGGUGAUCAAGGAGCUUUGUUUUAGGAGGAGUAUUAACCAAACAUAUUCUGCUCAUGAGAGUUCAAAGAGAUUAAAUAAAAAUGUUUUAAGAAUUUAAAGGGAGAAAUAUUUAGGGAUGAAAUAUAUAUAUAUAUAUUAUAUGAUCCAGUUGUCACAUUGCAGCAAUAGAACUUAUUUCUUUAUGUUUGUUGGGAAGACGGUUUUUGUUUGUUUCUUUGGUGUGUGUGUGUAUUUUUUUUUUUUUAAAUGAACACAUAUAUGGAAGUGGCAUUGCCAAAAAGAGCUAUAUAUAUAUAUAUAAUUUUCUUGUAGCAACUGUCAAGUCUAAAUGCCAUUUUUGCAGCCAUACCUCACGUCUUCCCUCCUGGUGACUACACGUGUGUGCACCCCCAUGCUGGAAUGGCCCUCGAAAGAUUAAACAUUUCCCUUGUUAUCUAAAA